AUGCCCGACAAUGCCACCAUCCGGCGCGCACACAGGAGCUUCUUCAGCACUGAGCGCGUGCCGCUUGCACAGGGCCCGGGAAAAGAGUUGGCAAGAGGACACACGCGAACUGGGAGGAAGAGAGUGACGGGACGUUACAUAGCGCUCUACGCUCUCGCCGUAACGGUCGCGACGCUUCCAACUGCCCUGGCCCAGACUUGCAUUCCUUUGACAUCCUCGUCCGAGUGCCGUGCUUUCGACACGGCCUCUAUCUCAACCGACAGUACCCUCACCGGACUAUUCCCAUUUCUUGCUGGUGUAACAGACACUUCUUCUUUCGACACACAAUUACAACAAUACAUAAACAACGGCUUCAUUCAACAAAGAUACGCUGAGCUGAUCGGCUGUUCUGCUUUCGACUCGUCCAACUCCUCCAACUACUAUGCACGAUAUACUGCGAGCGUGCUCUGCAAUGCAAUUGUCCAAAACUCGAUCAACGCAUGCGGUUUGACUGGAGACGCGACACGACCACUGUGCGCCAAUACUUGUGCCGAGUACGCAGAGAGCGAGCAAUCCAUCGCCGCGAGUGACACAUGUGGCGACGCAAGCUCUAAUGCUAUCAGCCAGAUCCGAGCCGACUUUACAAACUGUGCAUUGCCUGCAAACUCCUUGUCCGAAUCAUGCAUUACAGGCGUCACCAAUGAACCCGAGAAUUGCGGCUUUGCUUCUAAUCUGGUCAAUCUCUGCUCUUACUGCGCUGCGAGCUCGCCCAACGCUACUGACUCUUGCUGUGUUUACUCAAAUACCACGACCCGCUGCGACAACGUCGUUCUGCCCAUCGUUGCAACUUCAUCUAUGCAACCUCUUUUCACUUCGACCUCAUCCGUUACCUCCUCGACUGCUACAAGAUUCCCAUCUUCGACACCCUCCUCGGUUGCAAAGAAGAGGAAAGGACUCUCAGGUGGUGCAAUUGCGGGUAUUGUGAUUGGGUCUCUCCUUGGCGCGUUCGUUCUUCUUGCGCUCUUCAUAUUGGCAUGCAUUUUCUUGCGCCGUCGAAAACAUGCCAGUCCAGCUACUAGUGUCUUUAACCAGCCAGUGAGAUCUCGUCAAGGUGGAGCACCUCCAGCUAUGUCAUAUCGACAUGAUGGCGCUAGCAGGAGUCAGAACGAUGGGGUCGAGGCUCUUCCUGGUGGUCGUGUUGCCCGUAUGGCAGCAUUGGAAGCCAUAUCGAGUGGCUCAGAACUCAACACGCGCUCUCCAACGAUUGCACUCGACUCUACUCCAGAAGCCCAGCGUACACCACAUUCACGUACUGGUGGUCUUGGCCUCCCUCCUAGACGAAACGGCUCUCUUUCUAGUGGUUCGCUUCUCGCGUUUGGUGCUCAUGACAGUCCUGCUGGCGACGGGAUAUCCUCUCCAGAAGGCACGUCCGAGUCAGAGCAACUGAAUUUCUUCAAGGACUACUAUUCACAAGACGAUAUACAUCCUGGUGAUCUGGUAUCGUCUCUGUGGGCCUAUCAACCUCGUGCUGCUGAUGAGUUUGAACUGGAACGAGGUGACAUGGUCAAAGUCGUUGGCAUAUGGGAUGACGGCUGGGCAACUGGAAUCCGGGUCAGCAUGCGCGCAGAAGACUGGAAGAGUAAAGGCAAGCUGCAACGCGAUAGCGGUAUGAGCAGCGGCGAUGCAAUUCCUGAAGAAUACGGACCAGUGAAAGCCUUCCCACUCGUUUGUGUAUGCCUACCGCAACACUGGCUCCGGACCAUUGAAGGCGACUCAACUGAUGUGGGCGGCACAACGGACGAUCGGGCUAACAGCCCGUAG